AUUUCCCGCCUCCAUCCCCUCUCUCCUCGUGGCCUUUUGGGGUUUUUUUUAAACCCUAGAAACCCUAAUUCGGCGUUCUCUCAGCAUCAUUUAUUCGCCUAUUUUCUCUCAAAUUUAGAUCGAUAACCAAGCUAAUGGCGUUAAAAGGAAAGGAAGCAGAUGCUGAGACCGAAACGAAGAAACGCAAGCGUGCCGGUUUCGCCCGAAUCGAUGCUGGAGUUGAGGCAAAUGAGUGCAUCAAAGUUUACCUGGUGAAAAGUCAGGAUGAAGUUGGUGCAACAAACAGCUUCUGUAUUGAUCCUGUUGACCUGAAUCAGUUUUUCGGUGAAGACGGCAAGAUAUAUGGUUACAAGAACUUAAAGAUUGACAUAUGGAUGAGUAUCAAAUCUUUUCAAGCAUUUGCUGAUAUUACGUAUGAGAAUACAUUUGAUGGAGGAAAAGGGAUCACUGAUCUGAAACCUGCUCUUCAGAGCAUAUUUGGCGAAUCUUUGUUGGAGAAAGAAGAAUUCCUCCAAACUUUUUCAACAGAAAUUCACUGUAUCAGAUCCAUUAUGUCAGAUGGAGAACCCAUUCGUUGUGAUCUUUCUAGAGAAAGUGAUGAUGCAUCCAAUGCUCACUUGGGUGUGAAUGGUUCAACUAUGGAGGUUAUUCGAAUGAAUCUACAUGCGAUGCCUGUUGGUUUGCUUUACAGUCGUCUGGUACCUCUUGUCCUUCUCCUUGUUGAAGGUGGCAGUCCUGUUGAUGUCACUGACCCAAAAUGGGAUGUAUAUUUCAUAGUGAAGAAAACAAAUGAUCUAUCAGGCGUUCACAAUAUGGACUUACUUGGUUUUGCUACUGUAUACCGCUUCUAUCACUAUCCUGAUAGCACCCGUUUAAGAGUUGGUCAGAUACUUGUAUUGCCUCCAUAUCAAGGUCAAGGCCACGGCCGCCGUCUUCUUGAAUCAAUUUAUUCUGUUGCAGUAUCUGAGAACUUUUAUGAUGUGACUUUCGAAGAACCAUCUGACUACCUCCAAUAUCUGCGUGCCUGCAUUGACACCCUUCGCCUUCUUGAUUUUGAACCAAUAAAGCCAGCCAUAAAUUCUGCUGUUCAGUACCUGAAAGAAAACAACCUAUCAAAAAGAACUAACAAAUCAAGUUCCAAGUCCCAGUUUGGACCACCACAGCAUGUAAUUGCUGUUGUACGUCAGAAAUUGAAAAUCAACAAAAAGCAAUUCAUGAAGUGCUGGGAUGUGCUCGUCUAUCUGAACCUGGAUCCAAAAAAUAGCAGGUGUAUGGAGAACUUCAAGGUCUCUGUAUCAGAUCGUGUGAAAGGCGAUAUCCUUGACAAGGAUUCGGAGGCAAAUGGGAAGCGUCUGAUUGAAGUGCCUAAUGAUUAUGAUCACGACAUGACUUUUGUUGUGAUGUGGUCUGAGGCUGGCGAAGAAACGACAGGCGCGCUGGACGGAGAUCAAGCAGCUCAAGAGGAGCAGCUGAAGCAGUUGGUUGAUAAGCAAAUCGAAGACAUUGUUAAGAUUGCACAAAAGGUCUAUUUGCUUCGGAAGUGAAGAGUAUAUGGGGGCACAUUUAGGUUGUAGAUUAAAGUUGCAUACUAUUGAUGAGUGUAGGAGUAGGCAUAAAUCGAACUUUGUUUACUUCUCAUGGUCAGAGACGUCUAUUGGAGUUGUCUAUUUUAAGAUGUAAUGUUAUGAUCAAGAAAAUACCCGUUGAGUUUUUGUUACCUUGAUUAGAAAUUAUGGUAGUUGUCUGGGGCAGUUACAACUAGAAAAUGCCCUU